AUGGUUAAGUUUUUCCGCUGCUGCAAAGCAAGAGUGAGCCCUGAGCUCUUAAGCAAGAAGAAUGAAAAGCCGGAAGCGUUUCUACCGUCGUUGCGUAUGAUUUUGUUCAUUUUUCGAAUGUUUUACGCGUGGCCGGAUGAGCAAAGUUUGGCGCCAAAUGCGCUCUGGUGGUACCGUGCAAAGGGUGUGCUGUUUCGUACGUUUUUCAUAUAUCUUUCAGCAGCAGCACAGCUAGCUUACAACUUUACGGUCACUAGUCGUGAGGAACUGUUUGCUGGCAUGUUUGUGCUGCUUACCCAGCUCGUACUGAUACUGAAGAUGGAGUUUUUCUACAAAAAUGUGUCCAAAAUUCAGCAGCUCAUCCGAAGACUGCACGGCAAGCAGUAUCGCCAGUCGGGAAAUGCUGAGGAAGACAUGCCGCUGGUGAGUGCGCGCAAGAAGUCAACCAUAUUCUGGACCUUGUACUUCAUGUUCUCCGUUGGGCUGGCUACGGAGUGGUUAGUCAUAUCGCUGUCGCUCACCACUUUGAUAGUGCCGGUGUGGCCCGUCGUAGAUCAUACCACACCGUACUGGGUAUAUUUAAUGGUGAUCUUACAUCAGUAUGUGGCAAUUGCUCUUAACGCUUCGUUUAACAUCUCAUGGGACUCGCUCGUGGCAGCACUGUUAGCGCUCACUAACGCGCAUCUUCAUCGACUGCAAAUACAGCUUAUGAAGCUAGGACAUCGGAACUAUCUACAUCCGCCGAAGGAUGCUAAGAGGCGUAUGAUUGCGGUCUCUUCCUUGGAUGAUAAUGCUCGGAGCGUUCAAAUCAAAUCAGAUGCAGAUGAAGUAUACAACGAACUACUGCAAUGCAUUAUCUUUCAUCAGGAAGUCACUGGAUUUCUUCGCGAUGUCCUCGACCUGUUCAGUGGACCGCUGCUUGCACAACUGUACUGUUCCGUGUUUAUCCUGUGCAUUACCGAGUUUCGUUUGCUCACGGACGUGAACACAAUGGCAGAUACGGUGCAGGCGGUAAUUUACCUGCUGUGCCUUGUCAUACAAGUGGCACAAUACUGUUACUUUGGCAAUGAAAUCAACUAUAUGGCCCAAAAGGUACACCGAGCGACCGCUUUUGUGAACUAUCCCGAUAUGAACAUCAAAUGUAGAAAGCUUCUAAUAGCUUUUCAGCAGAUCACUGCUGUUGGAAUAAAGUGUAGUGCAAAGUAUGUUUUUACAAUCCAACUAAGCAUGGAGACAUUUGUAACGGUAAGAAUCAAUGAUACUCAAAACAUCCUACUCGUAUUUGGCAGUAUUGAGAUCGAUGACGGAUUAAGCUCGUUUCUAUUCGGAAGUGCGAUGACUGGAUUCGAGAUCACGUGCGUUGAACUUGAAGUUGUAGUGACUAGCGCCACCUAG